AAAGAAUAAACCAUCCACCACGUAAUGCAUCCCGAUUCCCCACACCCAAUUAUUCUCUCUCUCUGUCUCUCUCUCUCGUUUGACAAGAUUCUGGCCGGAUAGUGCAAGUGUGGCUAUGGUAGAAGCCUGAGGAAGAGAUAUAUGUGAUCACAAGUACCAAACAAGCCAUUUUGUUCUUCAUUAAUGUCUUGGUCUUCUUCUAAUUCGUUUUUGGUUCUAUUACUUGUAACUCUACCGAUACUUGUUAUUUUUGGUUUCUUGAGUUUAUAUUCUCCACCUUUCUCCAUAGAAAGUUCGUCUAAAUUGCUUGAAACAGAAGGAUCAGCAGCGGCGCUAGCAGCUGUCCCCAGUACUACUACUCCUCCAUUAAUUAGUUCUAAUUCACAACACGGUGAAGCAUCAGAACCACCAACUCCACAUGGUUCUACAAAACCAAACAGAGAAGCACCAUCAGAUCAAGCUGACGAAACUCAUACUCCAAUAUUCAGUUCUUCAGAGCCCACACCAUCGCCAUCAGCUUCUACAACUGGAGAAGAGAAAGAGACAACACUGAAGCAUGAAGCUGGGCACGAUCAAGAUCAUUUUGUUGGCGCUUCUAAGAGAAAGAGCAGUCCUUUAAAGAAAAUCGAAGCAAGUUUAGCUAGAGCUCGGUUUUCUAUAAGAGAAGCUUCUCAAAUCCGGAAUUGGACAUCAACUUAUCAUGAGGACCCAGAUUAUGUUCCUCAUGGCCCAGUGUAUAGGAAUGCAAAUGCUUUCCACAGGAGUUACCUAGAGAUGGAGAGGCUGUUCAAGAUCUACGUAUACGAAGAAGGAGAAGUGCCACUGUUUCACAAUGGUCCAUGCAGGAGUAUAUAUUCCACAGAGGGAAGGUUCAUCUAUGAAAUGGAGAAGGGACAACUUUUUCGUACUAGAAAUCCUGAUAAGGCUCUUGUCUACUUCCUUCCUUUCAGUGUGGUCAUGAUGGUUCAUUACCUCUACGUUCCCAAUUCACAUAAAGAUCAUUACUUUCAACGCGUUAUAGUCGAUUACAUUGACAUCAUUUCCAACAGAUAUCCCUUUUGGAAUCGAAGCCUUGGUGCUGAUCAUUUCAUGCUCUCUUGCCAUGAUUGGGGGCCGAGGGUGUCUUCCUUUGUUCCACAUCUAUUCCACAGGUCCAUAAGAGUUCUAUGCAAUGCUAAUACAUCUGAAGGAUUCAAACCAUCAAAGGAUGCAUCCUUUCCAGAAAUCCAUAUUCGGACAGACAAAAUCACAGGGCUAAUUGGUGGUCUCCACCCAUCCCGCCGGUCGGUUCUUGCUUUCUUUGCAGGUCGUUUGCAUGGCCACAUUAGGUACCUACUUCUACAACAAUGGAAAAACAAAGACCAAGACGUGCAGGUUUAUGAGGAACUUCCACAUAAAGUAUCUUAUGACUCUAUGUUGAAGAAGAGCAAGUUUUGCUUGUGCCCAAGUGGGUAUGAAGUAGCCAGUCCAAGAGUUGUGGAGGCAAUCUAUGCUGAGUGUGUGCCAGUGUUGAUUUCUGAUAGCUAUAUACCACCUUUUAGCGAUGUUCUAAACUGGAAGUCGUUUACUGUGCAAGUCGAAGUGAAGGACAUCCCAAAUAUCAAAACGAUUUUGAUGGCCAUAUCUCAAAGACAGUACUUGAGGCUUUACAUGAGAGUAAAACAAGUACAGAGACACUUCAUCGUGAAUGCAACUCCUAAGAGAUUCGACGUUUUCCACAUGACUCUUCACUCUAUUUGGCUUAGGAGAUUGAACGUCCAAAUUCAAGAUCAAUAACUGUGAUAUAUGUGUCAACUAUUUUUUAUAUUCAACUUGUUACUAACUGAUGUUCGUGCAGAAAUUAAAUACAUGUUGAUAAACAGCAGCUCUUAUAUGUUAAAUGAAGUGAUGAGGACGUGCAGUGCAUUAAACGGCAUCCUGCAGUGCAUUAAACGGUGCCGCCUCAAUUAAAGGAUGGGAAUGAAGGAGAGUCGUCCGAUUGAUCUGUGCUUCAUGUAUAUAUAAGUGUUUUCCGUUUUAGGGUUAACUCAUUCUGUACUGUGUGGCUGUUAGAGAGAAUUGGAGUGAAUCCGUGAGGUAGAGAGAACUAGGAUUUGUUGAGGGAAAAGGAAAACCAAAUCUUGUGGCUUCUCUUGGCUCGAUAUUAGUUCAAUCUUGUACAAUGGCACAUUGGCUUUGCAGAUUCAUCAAUAAAAUGAUCUCUGAGGUUGUUCCUGCCGUGGACGUAGGCCAUUAGGGCCGAACCACGUAA